CUGGGUCUAUGGUUUCGACUAUAGCGGAAAGUUUCUUCCGUCAACACAUUCAGGGUGACUUGCAAUCUUGCCGGUGGCUGCAGCUCCGUGCUGCUAAUGGGUUGGCUAUACCUUAUGUGGGCUAUGUUGAACUAACGGUAGAGCUACUUGGCAAGUCGAUUCCGAAUCGUGGCUGGUUGGUAGUUAAGGACCUUCCGGGGCAAAGUACCUCCACUGUAGUUCCAGGCGUGCUGGGGAUGAAUGUAAUUAGAGAGUGUUAUCGGGAGCUGUUUGGCCAACAUGGCCCUGCGUUGUUUGAUCUUCCUCCAGUGGUACAUGCGUCACCACCCUGGCAGCAAGCCCUGCAGUACUGUCACCAGGGUUUAGACGAGCCUUCUAGCUUAACAGGGGUUGCUAAAGUUAGGGGUGGGAGACCUAUUCGGAUACCUGCUGGUACAUUUAAAAUGAUUGCGGCUACGUGUUCUAGCCAGCUCAGUGAGCAUGCUAAUGGGGUGCUAAUUGAACCUUCUGACACAGUGGGUGUUUUGCCUGACGGACUGUUGGUUGCUGUUUCGCUAGUCAAGGUGGUUCGAGGGACUGUAUAUGUGCCAUUGGUAAAUGUGGGUUGUGUUAGUGUUGCUUUACCUCCACAUUGUCCCUUAGGAGUAUUGACCAGUGUGCAGGUUGUGAGUCUGCCUGAUGGAGUUACAGAAGAGGUGAGUCAGCCUUCGGUGUAUGCCCGGGUUCAGACCCAGGUAGCCCAGCCCAGUUCAGUUUUGGAGCAGAUUGGGGCAUUAGAUCUGUCUGUUCUGUCCCAAGUAGACCAAGAGAAGGUUCGGUCCCUGCUUUAUAAACAUUCUGCUGUAUUCUCAUCAUUUGAGGGAGAUAUUGGGUGUACAAACUUAAUUUCUCAUGACAUCCCUUUGUUAGAUGAUGUACCGGUAAGACAGAGGUACAGGCGUAUUCCCCCCUCAGACUAUGAUGCGGUUAAAGCUCAUAUUCACCAACUCCUGGAGAACCAGGUAAUUCAGGAAAGCUGUAGCCCAUAUGCCUCACCCAUUGUUCUGGUGAAAAAGAAAGAUGGCACCCUUCGUAUGUGCGUCGAUUACCGUCAGCUUAAUGCCAAGACUAGAAAGGAUGCAUUCCCACUCCCUAGGAUAGAGGAGACCUUGGAUGCACUGUCAGGGGCCCAGUGGUUUUCAACAAUGGACCUGGCUAGCGGGUACAAUCAGAUUCCAGUUACAGAGAGUGACCGCCCAAAGACUGCUUUUUGUACUCCCUUCGGUCUAUUCCAUUUUACUCGUAUGCCUUUUGGGUUAUGUAACGCCCCUAGUACCUUUCAAAGGCUCAUGGAGAGGAUGUUUGGGGAUCAAAAUUGCCAAUCAUUAUUGUUGUACCUUGAUGACAUCAUUGUGUUUUCUUCUGACUUAGAUCAGCACUUGAGCCGCUUGGAGUUGGUGCUGAAUCGACUAGGACAAGCUGGGCUAAAGGCUAAGUUGGAGAAGUGCUGUUUCUUUCGUCGCCAGGUUCGUUAUUUGGGUCAUCUUGUAUCUGACAAGGGGGUAUCCACAGACCCAGAGAAGGUAUCUGCUGUCUCUAAUUGGCCUCGUCCAACCAUAGUUUCUGAGCUACGGUCAUUCCUUGGCUUUGCUAGUUACUAUCGUCGUUUUAUCGAAGGGUUUGCAAAGUUGGCUGCUCCGUUGCAUCAGCUGGUAGCUGAGGCAGGUGGGACAAAGGCUCGCAAAGGCCGUGGGCCCCCAUUAUUAGAAUUAUGGUCAGAACAGUGUGAAACCAGUUUUCAGGCACUUAAGCAUAGGCUUGUGGAUGCACCUACACUUGCUUUUGCUAACUUUGCUCUCCCAUUUAUUUUAGAGGUUGAUGCUAGUCACCAAGGCUUGGGAGCUGUACUUUCCCAGGAGCAGGAUGGUCGGGUGCGUCCUGUUGCUUACGCAAGCCGUAGUCUCAACCCUAAUGAGAAGUUGUAUAGCUCCAUGAAGCUGGAGUUUCUGGGUUUGAAGUGGGCUAUGACAGAAAAAUUCCGGGAGUAUCUGUGGGGCCAGGAGUGUAUUGUCUGGACAGACAACAACCCCUUGAGCCAUUUAAGUACCGCUAAAUUGGGUGCUACUGAGCAGCGCUGGGUUUCCCAGUUGUCGGCAUUCCAUUACACCGUCCGCUAUCGGUCGGGCCGCACAAAUAAAAAUGCUGAUUCCCUAUCACGACAGAGAAUGUGCGUUCCCGAAGAUUUGCACAAUUCUGCUAUGGGGGGUGUGACUUUGCCUCUUAUUUUGCAGCAGCAAGCCAGGGAAGGCGCCCCUGUACCACCGGUAGCUCAGUGUUCCAUCUCUGCUUUUCCUUCCCAUAAUCAUGACGAAUUGAGGGCUCUACAGGAAGCUGACCCAGGCAUUCAAGGUUUUAUUUCUUUCUGGCAGGCAGGCAGACUCCCGGGGCGAAGUGUGAGGGUAGACCUACCCAUUCGGACCCAAGGGUUCUUGCGCCAAUGGGAUAGAAUUGUGGUGCAUAAGGGGCUACUAUACCGUAGAAUUCUGAAGCCAGAUGGGGGGGAGGAAGUAUUGCAGUUAUUGCUUCCAGAGUGUUUGCAGGAGGAAGUUUUGCGGCAACUGCAUGACCAUCACGGCCAUCAGGGUAUAGAGCGUACCAUAGCAUUGAUAAGGGAACGGUGUUAUUGGCCUGGGAUGACUAAUGAUAUUGAGCAGUGGUGUCAGCAAUGUGUGAGGUGUACCCUGGCUAAACCCCCUCAGCCACGCUUGCGUGCCCCUAUGGGGCAUCUUUUGGCCUCAAGACCUAAUGAGGUAGUGGCUAUAGACUUUUCUUUUCUAGAGCCUACUAGAGAUGGCACGGAACAAGUUCUGGUAAUAACUGACGUGUUCUCUAAAUUCACUCAGGUAAUCCCUACUCGAGAUCAAAGGGCUUCUACAGUGGCCAAGGCACUAGUUCAGCAUUGGUUUUAUCGAUAUGGUGUCCCGGCACGGUUACAUUCAGACUGUGGUGCAAGCUUCGAGAGUUCCCUGGUUCGCCAGCUUUGUGACUUGUAUGGCAUCCAGAAAACACGGACCACCCCAUACCACCCUCAAGGUAACGGCCAGUGCGAGAGAUUUAAUCGAACCAUGCAUAACCUGCUGCGUACAUUGUCUCAGGAACAGAAGAACCAUUGGCCAGACUACCUGCCCCAGUUGGUCUUUAAUUAUAAUUCUUCCAUCCAUCAGUCGACAGGGGAAUCGCCACACUUUCUGCUGUUUGGGCAGGAACCUCAACUCCCAGUAGAUUUUUUGUUGGGUAGGGUUCAGGAGACUGAGGGCAGAACCGUUUGUGACUGGGUCCAGGAACAUCAGCGGCGUCUCCAGGUUGCUUUUAAAGGGGCAAGGGAGAGGUUACAGGUGGCAGCACAACGGCGAAAGGAGCGGCAUGAUCAGGGUUCUUUAGCUGAUCCGUUGCAGAUAGGCCAGCUGGUUUACCUUCGUGAUCAUUCAGUGCGUGGACGCAAGAAAAUCCAGGAUGCCUGGAGCGCUGUUGUCCACAAGGUGUUAAAGGUACCUGAACCGGGGGGUGUAGUGUACUCUGUGGCUCCAGUGCGAGAUUUAGAGCAAGUUCGGCAGGUACACAGGGUAAUGAUGAAGCUAGUCCCACAAAAGUUGUCAGUAGCGACCCCUCCAGCAGAAUGUCCAAGUUUAGAACAGGGGGUAGAACAGAGGGAGGACGAGUUGGGGCGAUGGUUGGUCUUGGGGGUUCCUGAAGCCCCACCUCAGGGGUCCUUACCUGUGGCUGCUCCGGAGGUGAUCAGUCCUGAGGACACUCAUGCCCCCAUAAGCACUGAACCAAGUUCUGUUCCGGAUGUUGAUACUGGGGAUAGGGAUUUAGUUAGUCUUCGGCGUACCACUAGAGUGACUGCAGGCCGGCAUAGAAACCCUCAUCGUCUGCCAACACCCAUGGUGAGAGUAGCUGAUGACCCUGCACCAUUGGUAUCCGGUUCAAGCAGUAUGGCUAUAGCGUAUUUUAGACCUUGGGACUAGUAAACAGUAUUCUGUCGACGGGACGCCGACACAAAAUGUGGUGGUAUAUGUGACAGGCAGAGCUGUUACUGGGCUCUGGGUUAACCAUUUUGGGCUUGGAUGGCCACCGUAGUGGAGGAGCAGCGGCUCCCCCUCCCCUCUGUGUUGUGCUAGAAAUGCUAGUUAGCUCAGUAUAAAAGCAUGGAUAGCAUGCUGCUGUGUUGAGCUCGUGGUUUCCUUUGUUGCUGGGUCGUGUUACUGCAGGACUUGCUGCUGGGUGGUUUCCUAAGGGGUGGUCUGCCGGAAAACGGGUGUGAAUGCGGUUAGCGGUUAGCCGUUAGCAUCAGCCGGCUCUGAGCAUCGUCGCAUAAAACUGCAGCUUGGUGUGGAUUCGGAGCUGUAUUGGAUGUAAGGUAGGCAUUUGGGGUGCAGCAACGCUUAUCUAGGUGGGGUUUUAACCAUAUUAUGGCUGAUAUUUAUGGUAAAUGCCUCUUUAGGUGUAUGCUCUGGCGUGCCGGAAAACGGGUGUGAACGCGGUUAGCGGUUAGCCGUUAGCAUCAGCUAACUCUGGGCAUCGUCGCAUAAAACUGCAGCUUGGUGUGGAUGUGGAGCUGUAUUGGAUGCAAGGUAGGCAUUUGGGGUGCAGCAACGCUUAUCUAGGUGGGGUUUUAACCAUAUGGCUGAUAUUUAUGGUAAAUGCCUCUUAUUUAGGUGUAUGCUCUGGCGUGCCGGAAAACAGGUGUGUUUUGACCGUAACAACGUAAGGUAGGAGUUUUUUUUAGUAUUUUCCGGUUGGAGGGAAUUUUAGGCUUUGUUUAAAUAUAUUUGGGAUUUCAUUUGUAGAUUGGAGCAGGAACCCUGGGUGUAUUCUAGCCCAAGCAAGUGAUAAUUCAAGCCUACAGGUAUUGUUUGCUUGAUAGUUAUAGAGCUAACUCUCCCAAGCUAUCUGUCUAGUGCAAUUAUUUUAAUUAAUGUGUUUUUAUCAGGUGUUCAGCUGAAGUGUCGCCAUCGGAGAAGGCUGAGGUGGCACCAAGCCGAGCAGUCCCUAGUCUUCUGCUGUUUUGCCUAUGCUGUUUUGUUGGGGUUGAAUUAAUUUAAGAUUUAUUCAUUUAUUUUGUUCUUUUUGUUUCUGGGUGUUUAUUAUUUGUAUUAAAAAGAUUGUUUUGUUUUCUUUUCUUUUUUUCCUUUUUUUUUUGUUUCUGUUGGAAAUUGAUUUUGUUAUUUGUAUUUUUGUUAACUUGACCCCACCUUGUGUCAAUGGUGGCAGACCUCUUUGGGCCCUCCUAUAGGAAGCUGGCUGUUUAUUAUUUGUUAGUGAUACUGGCCGUAAACUAAAUGGAAAAUUAAUAAGUAUAACAUUUAUUGUUACUAAUCUGUUUCUCUUUCUUGUAGAACAACUUGGUGCACGUGGUGUCCCCCUUGGGCCGACUGGUCACCUCCUCCUUGGGAAAUCUUUCCUUUUGCACUUGGUUUGCUGUGUUGGACUCACCCUUGGUUUGAGGUGUUGCGACGUGUGUGGGUGUGUGUGAGUACUCUGUGUGUGCUUGCAGAGGUUGUAUUUCUCCUUGGGAGGGAGGGCCCGGGCACAAGAAUUGUCCAGCACCAGUUAGCUACAGAAAGAUGAUAAUGCUAUGUUAAGACUAUAAACAGCCAGUAUCUCUAAUAUCCUUUUUUUUUAAGCGCAUUUUGUCCCAAGGCUCAGUGUAUACUUUUAAAGUUGUUUUUUUUAAAAAAAAAACUUUAAUUGCUUAAUAAAGUGUUCUUAUGUAUUUCAUGUAUCUACUAUUUCAAACUUGAAUAAGUAAAGAUUUUAUGCUGAACCUCA